AUGUCUGCACUCUUCUCAGAAUAUUUCAAAUUCAUUGCACUUGUCUUCAAGAAUAAGGACACGGCAAUUGUAAAUGGCUUUAUUGGUUUAGGUACAAUAAUCAGUCAAACAGCAUACAACAUCUUAGCGUUUAACUGUCCAUGUGCACCAAAGGAGAAUUACCUGUAUGGCAUGGCAGCGAUCGGUGUACCCGCCCUCACUCUCUUUGUAAUUGGGGUCAUUCUCAAUCAAAAUACCUGGGACAUUGUGUCGGAGUGUAGCAACAGAAAAUGCCAAAAACUGUCAGGCACUGCUGCAUUUGCUCUGCUCGGCUCUAUUGUGGGUCGAGCAGCAGUUGCUCCGAUCACCUGGUCUGUGAUUUCCCUCCUGAGAGGACAAGCAUAUGUUUGUGCUUUUAGUGAGUUUAUAGACCCCUCUUCGGUGGACAAUUUCCCUCCAACUAAAGACGCUGCAAAAAUCAUGGCCCUCUUUCCAUGUAAGGAUUUACCUGCUCCACUCUUGAAUUACUCAGGAGAGGUUGAACGACGGUUGAAGUAUGAAUCCCAGCUGUUGGGCUGGCUGAUGGUUGGCGUCGUCUCCCUCUCUGUCUUUCUGCUGCUCUGCAUUAAACAUUGCUGCUCUUCCCUCGGCUACCAGCAAGAAGCGUACUGGUCCCAUUACCGCUCCAAUGAAAAAGCUCUUUUCCAGCGGACGGCUGAAGUACACGCUAAAUUAAACGCUGCUAAUAACGUCAAGACUUUCUUUGGCUUUGUGGAGAUGGAAAAUCAAGAGAAGGAGCUUUUAGAAAAGUGUCAAGGUGCCAGGAGCGUCAUUCCUAGUCUGGACUGGAACCGCAUCACAGGAGUUUACAUGUACAGAGAAAUCAAUGAGGCUCCGAUGUACAGUCGCUUAAACAAAUGGGCCUAUUACACAAACGACAACUCAAAUCAACAUAUGAGUGAAACGGAUUUAGCCUAAUUAAUGCUGUGUA